UCUUUCUCUUUUUUUUUUAACAGCAUAGAGGGCUAGUUUGUGGGUGGGGGGUUGGAUGGUGAUGAAUCAUGGCAUUGAGUAAGAAGUGCUAAAUGAAUGGUGGGUUUGUGUUGCUUAAACAAAUUUUAGUAUUGUAAUACGAUAUAGGAAUGUAAUGUGAUACCUUCUUUUUGUUGUGAUGGAAAUACAACUACUGUUAUGUUCUUGUUCCUCUCUUGUCAGUGCUUAUGGCUUACUCUGGUGUACUGAGUUUGUUGUUCGUGGCUGGUAUUUGGUGUGCUGCGUAUGCUUUUGUUGCAGUUCUUGAGGUUAUUAAGUUAUUCAACUGAGGCCUAAAUGGGUUACGCACAGCUAGUUAUUGGCCCUGCAGGCAGUGGCAAGUCUACAUACUGCUCUAGUUUGUUUCAACACUGUGAAACGAUGAGGCGAACAAUCCAUAUCGUGAACUUAGAUCCUGCUGCCGAAAAUUUCGAUUAUCCCGUAGCCAUGGAUAUCAGGGAACUCAUUUCUUUGGAUGAUGUUAUGGAAGAGCUUGGAUUGGGUCCAAACGGUGGCCUUAUGUAUUGCAUGGAGCACCUUGAAGAAAAUCUGGAUGAUUGGCUUACAGAGGAAUUGGACAACUACUUGGACGAUGAUUACUUGAUUUUUGACUGCCCGGGCCAGAUAGAGCUUUUUUCACAUGUUCCCGUACUUAAAAACUUCGUGGAGCAUUUGAAGCGCAAGAACUUCAAUGUUUGUGUCGUCUACUUGCUUGAUUCACAGUUCAUGACUGACGUCACCAAGUUUAUAAGUGGUUGCAUGGCUUCACUUUCUGCAAUGGUUCAACUUGAAUUACCCCAUGUUAACAUUCUCUCCAAAAUGGAUCUUGUGACGAACAAAAGAGAAAUUGAAGAUUACUUGAAUCCAGAACCUCGUGUUUUGCUCUCAGAGUUGAAUCAACGCAUGGCUCCUCAAUUUGGAAAGCUUAACAAAGCUUUGAUUGAAUUAGUGGAUCAGUACAGCAUGGUAAGCUUCGUGCCCUUGGACUUAAGGAAAGAGAGCAGUAUACGAUACGUCUUAUCCCAAAUUGAUAACUGCAUUCAGUACGGAGAAGAUGCAGAUGUCAAGGUUAAGGAUUUUGAUCCAGAGGAUGAUUAGCAGGCGCAAAUCCGGUUUUGAGGCCACCUCAUGGGGUUACACGAUGUAAGGGCGUGGAACAUGUGCAUGUGUAGAUCUUCUAGCAAAAUGGCUUGGACCUGAUGUAAACUAAUUCGGAAGAAUCAUUUCGGGCAUUUAGAGGGUUGUUUCUUCAUUGUAAACAUGAAUUGCAAGACUUUGGACUUAAGAAGUUGUAUUUGCCCCUUCA